AUGACCAUGUCAGCCGAUUUCUGGGCCGGGUAUAUUAGCGGAGCAGCAGGAAUCCUCAUCGGAAACCCUCUCGACUUGAUCAAAGUCCGUCUCCAGGCGGCACCGUCACAACCAGUACCUUCAGCUUCCACACUCCCCACCGCACCAAUCGUUCCCUAUACUUCACCGUUUACUUCUGCCUCAACUCUCAUCCGAGGAGCCACAGCCCCCAUCCUCGGCUACGGCGCUCUAAACGCUCUCCUGUUCGUGACAUACCACCGAACCUCCUCACUGCUCAACUCUCAAAACCCUCUAGGAGCCACUGCCCCUCCUUCUCUCUGGUCGACUUGGAUCGCUGGCGCUGUAGGUGGUCUCGCAACAUGGGUAGUAUCUACACCCACCGAACUGGUGAAAUGCCGCGCUCAGAUCUCCAAUUCCGCCUCCACGGCCUCAAGCUGGGGAAUCACUCGAGAGAUUCUUCGACGUGACGGAGUGCGAGGCUUGUACUUCGGGGGCGUGGUCACCGCUUUGAGGGACAGCGUGGGCUAUGGGUUCUAUUUCUGGUCCUAUGAGAUCACUACGAGGCUGAUGGAGAAGAAGAUGAGAGAGCGAGAAGGAGCGAGUGGUAGAGGCGAUGGCGUUGGGGAAGCUGUUAAGGUGUUGCUGUGUGGUGGACUUGCCGGUGUCGUGACGUGGGCGAGUAUUUUCCCUCUGGAUGUCAUCAAGACGAGAGUCCAAACGCAGCAAUACCAGCCAAUACCACUUCCGACGGCCGCUGAAGGGGCUCCUCUGCUGGCAGCAGAAUCGCAGGCUGUACCGAGAAAGGUUGGAGCUAUUGAGAUCGCGCGAACUGCGUACCGAAAUGAAGGAGUCGGAGUAUUCUUCAGAGGCCUAGGCGUAUGUAGUUUGAGAGCUUUUAUCGUGAACGCUGCACAGUGGGCUGUUUAUGAAUGGGUCAUGAAAAGGCUGGACCCGGAUAGGAAUGUCGCGGUCAUGGGGCAGAUUUCAGCUGCCGAUGUGAAAUUAUGA